UAGAUAGGGGCAGACUUUUGGUGCGUGCGAGUGGGAGAUGGACCGAGGGCGCUCUUCCGACUAGCAGAGGCGAAGAGCGACUCCAAUAGCCAGAGCUAUUGAAAUAAUAUACGCGAUCAGGUCGUCGAUAGCCCACUCCAAAACAAAAAUAAGUCGCCCAUCUUUCACAUCUACUUCACACACACUAACACGGCAUUGAUGGUAAUGUAUGCAAGGAAACAACCGAGACUCGGCGAUGGGUGCACCGACCGAAGGGAUUCUCAGCCAUAUCAGGCUCUUAAGUACUCGUCCAAGAGCCACCCCGACCACCGCCAUGAGAAGAUGCGUGACAGCAACGACGCAACCCCACCGUGCAAGAUGCUGCGGCGAUCAGACAGUCCUGAAAACAAACACACGGACAGCCAUGGCAAGGCAAAAGCCAUCCAUCCACACCGGGGGAGAGACCGAGAGGGAGGAACCAGUAUAUCCCCUCAAGAGAACUCUCAUAACCACAGCUCUCUACACAGUUCCAACUCUCAUUCGAAUCCCAACAAAUCAUCAGACACGCCACACGAGCCGGCCGAUGAUUGGUCUGAACACAUCAGUUCUUCAGGGAAGAAGUACUACUACAACUGCAGGACGGAGGUGUCUCAGUGGGAGAAACCCAAAGAGUGGCUGGACAGAGAGCAUAGGCAGAAAGAGGCGACCAGGACGACUACAGUGGUCAAUAGUUUCCCUAAGGACAGGGACUACAGGCGUGAAGCCAUGCAGGCUGCUCCUGUUAGCUUUGCCAGCUCAAAGUCUACAGUUGCCACAGAAAAACCUUCCCUCACACCCUCCUCUUCUUCUGCUGCGGUGUCAGGCUUGAAUGUGGCCAAUUCAGCCAGCGGCGCCUCUGGCUCCACAAUCCCCGUUUCUCCAGUGAUGCAGUCGCCAGCCCCACCCACUUUUCAAGACCCCUCCCUUUUACGCCAGCUCCUCCCAGCUCUGCAAACGGCCCUGCAGCUUAACAACGCUAGUGCAGAUAUGGCCAAGAUCAAUGAAGUUCUCACGGCUGCAGUAACGCAGGCUUCGCUGCAGUCCAUGCUCCAUAAGAUCCUGACUGCUGGUCCGUCUGCCUUCAACCUCACAACUCUGCUCUCCCAGGCUGCUCAGCUGUCCAGCCAAGCAGCCCAGCAGUCCAGCCAGUCUCCGAUGUCCCUGACGUCAGAUGCUUCAUCUCCCCGGUCCUACGUGUCUCCCAGAAUCAGCACGCCACAAACCAACACAUCCUCCCUCAAACCUCCUCUCAGCACCACACCGGUCUCCUCACAGACCAAGAUGAACGCUAUGUCAGCAAAGUCCGGUUCUCUGCCCCCACCCUCAUCUCAGCAAUCCCUCCCUACAGACAAACAUCAUGACAAUGGCAACUCUCCACGGACGCUGCAUAGACAAAGGAGUCAGAGGAGUCCGUCUCCAGGCCCCAACCACGUGGGUAGUAACAGCAACAGUAAUAAUGGUGGAGGUGGUCAAGGGCCGGGUGUAGUCAGCGGAGCGAUGCCCCCAGGCUCUGUACCCGCUGGAGCCGCUUCGGGGAGAGUGACGUGUUCCUUCACACCAACGCUGGCCGCACACUUCAAUGAGAACCUCAUCAAACAUGUGCAGGGCUGGCAGGCAGAGCACGUGGAGAAACAGGCUUCACGGUUACGUGAGGAAGCACACACGAUGGGCAGCAUCUACAUGUCCGAGAACUGCACAGAGCUGAAAAACUUGCGCUCGCUAGUGCGAGUGUGUGAGAUCCAGGCCACGCUGCGUGAGCAGAGGAUACUAUUUUUGAGACAACAAAUUAAAGAACUUGAAAAGUUGAAGAAUCAAAAUUCCUUCAUGGUUUGAGGAACUCUGGGUUUGCGAUGUGGUUUUGAAACAGGAGGAGAGAGGGAUAGGUGAACGAGUGGGGAAACCCAUUUAACGCGCGCGGAACCCCGGGGAACCGAAGUUCUGUGCGUUCUGCUCUGGGCCCAGUCUAACAUUUAAAGAGCUGCAGCGAGGUGUUGCUUGGACAGUGGGUGGGGUUGGGGGAGGGCAGGGGGUGGAAAGCAAUAGGUGAACCGGGGAGGAGAGGUUUUCGGGAGCUACCCUCGUCCCCCGCCCCUGUAAAUGUAGAUUAUUUGUAGAUGUUAUUUCCAUGUUGUAAAUAUAUUUUGUAGAUGAUGCCAUGGGAAGCCAUGCCUAUCAAAGCUUUUGACAUCCAAACGUUAAUCAGCACCAAGGCAGACUUGGAUCUCGAGCGUCCUCAUUGCAACCAUAUGUAGAACUCUGACCGCAGAUUUUAAAUAAGAUUUAAAUAGAAAACAAAUGCGCUUCAGUUGAAUGGUUGGUGAACCAUUGAGCCUUUAGCAUGUACCAGACCUGCAUGGAAAAGGUGGAGUAAUCGACUGGGACAAUUAAAGAGAUACACACACACACACACACUGUUUGUACUGUCACAACUGUGCACACGCCUCCGGCGGUUCAUUUUCUCUCUACAUAUGAAAAAUGGUAGUAAUGCUCUACAUGGUUAUUUGGGUAGUUGAUCUCUUGCUUUCUCUGGUUGCACCAUAAUGGUUUCAUUCCCUCACCUCAUGCCUUUUGAGGCAGUUUACAUCAUGUUUGUCCGCAAUGGUUCAGUGGUCUCCUGCCUGCCCCGAUGGCCCGGCUAUACCCAUGGCUAACACCAGUGCCUGCUUGAAUGUGAGAAAGGACAAGAGGAACAAAGAUCAUUCCUGAGAGAACCAUUCCUGCAGCUCACUCUAAAAGCCCCCCGCAUGUGGUUUUUCCACCCUCUCUCACUUUUCGGACAGAGAGGAAGACUGGUCGUCCACCCGAAUCCACUUUUCUUUCUCCUAAUCUUCCCAGGUUCCCAUCUGCGUUUUCUUUUUUGGACCCUCGUUUUUUUUACUGUAAGGAAAAAAGAAUGCGAGGUGUGAGCAGCAACUUGCGUUUAAAACCAGAGUUCAUUCCUAUGUACAGUUGCUAAGUAAUAAUGAAGUAAAAGUUUUAUUAAAAGUUGCAGUGAUUACUAGUCUAUCAGAUAUGUUGUAUUCAUAAAUUAUUAUCACACAUUUUCCUUUGCACCCUGAUUGGCGGUAUGGGGGAAACGUGCUACUGGAAAACAGGAAACUGAGGGUCAGCUGAGGACUGGACAUUACCAGCCCUGUUACACCAGGGUCAGAGCAGGGUCACCUGGGGUCAGAAGGUCAAAUGUGAAAUGUAUGUAUUGUAAUAAACAUGCUAAACUAAA